AUGAAAGGAAAAAAUAAAGAAAAGAAAAAGAAAAAGAAAAUCUCUCUCUCUCUUUCAGAACAAAAAUUCCUUCUCUCUCUUCUUUCUCCUUCCUACCCUUCAAUACAUUCCCCCCUUAAAUCUCAAGAAACCUUUCUAUCGGUCGAUCUUUUUAGCUCUCAGUCAGAUUCUCUUUCUAUUUACAUGAAAGGAAAAUAUCCAGAAAAAUCUCUUCUCUCUUUUAUAACUCUCUUCUCUCUUCUUUCUCCUUUCCUUCAAGAAAGACAGAAAGAAAAUUAUCUCAUGAAAGGAAAAUCAAAAAAAGAAAGCUCUCAGUCAGAUUCUCUUUCUAUUUACAUGAAAAAUAAAAAAAAGAAAAUCUCUCUCUCUCUCUCUUUCAGGAAAAUUCUUCUUUCUCCCUUCCCUAAAUACAAUUAUCUCCUUAAAACCUUUCUAAGAAAUCUUUUGGCUCUCAGUCAGAAAGACAGAAAGAAAAAUAUCUCUCUCUCUCUCUCUCUCUCUCUCUCUCUCUUUCAAAACGUCCAUUCCUUCUCUCUCUUCUUUCUCCUUCCUAAAAAGAAGAAAGACAGAAAAGAAAAUUAUUAUCUCUUUUCUAAAAGAAAGAAAAGAAAGAAAAAAAAAAUUAUUACCUCUCUCUCUCUCUCUCUCUCUCUCUUUUAA